AUGGCGGAAACAACUAAUGCUGAAGGCAAUGCCACAAUUAAGGCUCCUUACUGGGGUCAAGGAACUUCGACGCUAGAUUGGUGUGAAGUGAUCCUCCUCUCACUUUUUGGAAUUUACACAACUGUGAAAUACAAUCUUGGCAAACGAUACAUAGUGGCACAUCUCGCAUUAUGCUCGAUUGGGAUAGGCUCUUGGUUUUUUCAUAUGACAUUAUGGUUUGAAUUUCAAUUACUUGAUGAACUUCCAAUGCUCUACGCCACUUCUGUAUUAUUAUAUAAUAUUUAUGAGAUAUAUGAAAAACCGAAAUAUGGAACCCUAAUUCCAUUCACACUAUUCACAUACGCCGCAACAGUCACCGUACUCUACUUAUACAAUCAAGAACCAGUAUUCCAUCAAGUCGCCUAUGCUUUUCUUGUCUCGGCACUGCACAUUCGCUCCGUCUACCUACUGCAACAAGUAGAGAACGUGCGCACGCGUAAUCAAUUAAAGUUUUUGUUAUUUGGUGCAGCAGUGUUAUUCGGAACCGGUUUUCUGCUAUGGAAUGUGGAUAAUAUCGCUUGCUCACAGCUACGCAGGGCUAGGAUGCGGAUAGGGAAACCGCUGGCUCAUUUUUUGGAAUUGCACGGUUGGUGGCAUAUAUUAACUGCGUCGGGUAGUUAUUGGUGGAUGGUCUAUAAUCAGUAUGUAAGAGUUGUAUUAUUGGGGAAACAAGGAAAACAACAGGAAUGGCAGAUCUCUUGGGGGCUUGGGUUGAUACCGUAUGUAUCACGGAUCUUGCAGAUCGACUUAAAGAAUGAAUGA